CCUAAUAUUGCCUUAAAGAACACACAUGCAGACCAGUUGUCUAAAUUACAAGCUAAACAUCAACAGGAAUGUGAUUUACUUGAAGAUAUCAGAACUUACUUUGCCAGAAAGUCAGUGCUGGAGAAGGAAUACGCUCAGUUAUUUUUUACCUGUUGAAUCCUGAGAAAUUCUAGAAAGAACCUAAGUUUCUUGUGAACACAAUAGAUACACUUAAGAACAUUUGUCUGAUCAUUGGACUGCACACUGUGUGUUAGCAUAUUAGCAUAGACAUGUUGCACUUACAUUGAUGCUAUAAUUGGAGGCCUGAUAAAUAUUGUUUGGUUUGAAAUACAUAGAAAGUUAAUCAUCUUUUUGUACAUACGGUAUGACGUUAUUUCGUUUAGAACUUUGACCUAUAAAAAAAAAAACAGUUUUCAAUUGACUGCACUGCAUGACGCAGGUAUCCAAGAACAAACCUUUUGCUAGGCACACUGAGUUACAAUGUACCCGUAUCCGUUACCUACCUGUUCAUCUGAUUCUUCCUCUGUUGUCUUGUUUGUCAAAAGGUGCAUUGCUUGGUGGAAUUGUAUUGGACUUGGCGAGGUCAUUUCCUCAAAAAGUCUAGAUUGCAGCCUGUUUCGUGUAUCAGUUCACUUCCUGUAUCCUGUACAUCGUGUUUAGAUUGCUCACCUUUUCUCUGUUUGUUUCAUUGGAGGUUUGAAUAGUCAUGACCAAUGUUUCAAUGAAAUAGAAUCAAAGUUCAUAUUUUAUUCAUUGAUUUAAUUGAAUAGAUUUGAAAUGUGUGAAAAAAGAUAAAAUAAAAGGCAUUGCGGCCUUUUAAGGCCAUAUUUACUUUAAAGAUUUGUUGGUUUUUGCCCUAACAGAUAUAUGGUGAAGACAUUUUAACUACGAACAUCACGAAACUUUGAUCUUUAUAGCAAUAUCUUGGAAACACUAAACCGAUAGAAAUCGAUUGUCAUAAUCGUAGCAUGGGUACUUUAGUGUUUAUUCUACCCUCAAAGUCUCAGCGUUUGAACAAAUGUAAAAUUAAUUUUAUUUGUAGCUCUCCAUUUAUUGCUGGAGUUGUUUCUUCUAAUUGCUAUCUUGUUGUAGGCCAGAUAUAAUACAAACAUUGUUUGGGUCUGGCUGACGUCAUGUGAAUAUGGUAUUUUGUGUAUGUAUCCCACAUGGCGUUCCUUGCUUACCUAGUUUCUUCAAUUGACUAAGUGUGUUGUGUAACGCUUAGCUUCCUGACAAUGUCUAUUUCAUGAAUGUAGACCAGACACAACUAAUGUCAGGGUACACAUCUAGGUCACUGGGAAGUCAGGUGGUUGUUCUCUAGGUCUUGGUGGUAGACUUGUUGAGGAACCAUUGACGGAAACAAAUGAACAGGGCUUGCAAAAAAUUACCAGUCAGUUACUAAAAAGAGAUUUCCCAGCACAGCCAGACCUUAACAGUGAAGAUGGUCAAGAACACAAGACUGUCACUGCUGUAUGGAGGUCCAUCUUGGAAGAAUCAGACAAACUGGCUAAAGCCAGACUUCAGGCAGCAGAGGUGUAUUUCGAGAAGGCAGCGGAACCUCUUAAACCUGUUAGGGCAGCAAAAAUGCAAUUAUUUAAAAAAGUAAUGCCACAACUGAGUGUCGUCCAAUCAGAAGUGGCUCAGUGUGUGAUGGAGCUGGUCAAGACACAGAAGUUGUAUUUGACAGAAGGAGGAAUGGCCCAUGAAGCAAGAACUAAAGUAUCAGAAGCUGAAGAUAAGUUGAAACGGAAAUCCACAGGUAUCUUUCAGUCUCUCUCAGGUCUUCAAAAGAGCUGUGCUAAGCUGCGCAGCAGGACAGAAGUAAGUGAGACCAAAGAGACUGCUGCUCGCAAUGAGUAUCUUUUAGCCCUAGCAGCAGCCAAUGCCCAUCACAUGCGGUACUACAGUACUGACUUACCUGAUGUCAUGAAGACCUUGGACUGUGAUAUUUAUGAAAAAAUCCAAGAAUCACUGACAAUAGCUGGUCAAACAGCUGCAGAUUUGGCUCAGGCGGAAACAACAAGCUUUAAUAAAAUAGCUAUAGAAGCAGCAAAGAUUUGUCGAGCUUUCAGUCUACAGUGUUAUUUGUUUCAGAAUCCAGUAUUCACUAAUUUAGUUCAAUAUCAUUUUGAACCAUCCAAUGGGGAUUUGUGCAAUAAAAUAUCUAGUGAACAUGGAGCAGGACCAGAUCUUGAAAAAGAAGCGAGAAAAUGGUCAACAAAGGUAGCUAAAGAAACAAGAGCUAUCCGGGAUUAUUACAGACAGAUAACAGUGCUUCAGAAUGCAAAGACAGGUGACAAGACAUCUGAUACUGGCAGCCAGGAAUCUUCAACAGUUGACCCAGAAGUUAAAUUAGAAGAGAUCAAGGUUAAUUUACGAAAAGCAGAGACAGCCAAAUUGAAAGCUGAAGCAAGACUUGAAGCUCUAAGGCUAGGAGGAGUCAAUGUUGAUGAAUGGAUCAACCAAGCCCAGAUGGAGUCUUUGGCUGCUGAGGAAAGUGGACUGGCAAGGACACCCAGUCAAGCUUCACUUAGAACAGAGAGUUCUGGAGGGCAAAGUGGUACAGAUGAACAAGAGCAAACUUACACUCAUUAUGAUGAAGAUGAUGACUUUAUAGAUGACACAUUCACAUCAGCAGGCGGAAACAGAUCUGGGAGGGCCUAUCCCAUUUAUUGCAAGGCUCUCUAUGACUUUGUGGCCAGCAAUUAUGAUGAAAUGACAAUCAAAGCUGAGGAAGACCUGGAACUGAUUGCUGAUGGUGAUGGAGAAGGUUGGGUCAAGGCCAAAAACUCUUUAGGUCAGGAGGGUUACAUCCCAGAAACCUAUGUUGAUCUUGGUGGACUGUCCACUGCUCCUACUCCUCUGGGCGUGGAGGCCUUGAAUGCUAUCAACACAAGUAUGAACAGCCCAGCACAGAAUAGCUACACUGUCCCUACCACCACACCUGACCUACAGUCUCCUGACCUUCAACAGGACACCACUUCAUCCUAUUCUUCAGGUGACCUGGAAGUUCAGCAGACUACAGAGGUCAUGGAUUCUGAUGAACAUCCUGUUCCAAUGACAGUUGUAACAAACAGUGAAAUAUCCUGGGCCAGAGCUCUCUAUGACUAUGAGGGUCAGACUGAAGAAGAGUUAUCUUUCUUGGAGGGUGCAUUGAUUCGAGUACUACGCAAAGAUGACAGAGGUGUGGACGAUGGCUUCUGGGAGGGAGAGUGCAAUGGAAAUAUUGGAGUCUUCCCAUCUUUAGUUGUGGAAGAGAUACCUGAUCCAUAUCUUAAUAAUGAUCCGUUGUCCCCACCAGUCAUGCCAUCAGUGCCAGACUUUUCUAUUCCUCCACCAGUUCAAAUCACUCUUCCUACUCCUGAUGCUGAGCCUCCACCGCCCCCUGUUAUGGUGAAUGGAGAAGAUCCAGACAGUGAUGAUCCAUUGCCUCCACCGCCUCCGCCAUUUAAAGUGCUUUCUGAUGAAGAUGAAGAUUCAAAUCCAGUUCCAUGUUCCACUGCUGACCAGCUGCAGAAAAAAGUGAGGUUUACUAGCAGGCCCAGUCAUCACUCACAGAAAGACAUCUCACUCUUGCAGGAAGGCGCACAACAAACUUUAGUUGCUAAGCAACACAGUAGAGAUAAUGGCACACACCUAACAGCUGUAGAGACAAAUCAAGCUAGUCACAUUACUGCUCAUGUUAGUCCCAAGUACCAAACAAAUUCACCAGCCAAACACCAGAAGAUUAAAGAAAACUUUCCACAACAAAAACAAGGUCAGGUAUUUAAAAUGGAACAGACUCAGGGUCAAGUCAAUGAAGGUGAUGGUCAUCACCAUCAUGUUCGUCCAAUACAUCCAGUACAGCCACUCCAAGAGCUAAAAACUGAACCAAGUCCAAUUAUGAGGCAUAAAUCCCUUCCAAGCAAUUUGGAUAAAGAAAACGACGUCAGUCAUACUGUCAGAUCUGAAGAUGACCUUUGUCCAGAGAAGGUGCACCCUUGUUCACCUCAGUCACCACAAUCGGUACGACGCAUGCAUCAACAUCAUGACAUCAGCCAAAGCCAGCCACAUCUUAUGACCUCACUUAUUAGAACCCCGCCCCCAUCCCGCAGACUGAUUCUUCAGCAAAGGCACCUUCAGCAGCAGCAACUUCAACAUUAUCCUUCAGAACCAUCAGCUGUCAAUGGGGGCACUUCCAGAAACAGUGUGCCUCAAAAUCUACUACUGAACAUAACAAACAACUCUGUUGUAUCAGAACAGCAACGUAGCUAUUCUUACCCCAACAGCCCUUUAAGCAGCCCACUAAAAGAGGAUACUGGUCAUUUGCAGAACUACAUUCACCAAAACUCAAGACCAGAUAGUCCCCAGAAACAGUUGUCCCAUCAUAGGCAACAGCUUUUAGAGAAGUAUGCCUUACCACCUCCCAACAAUCACCCUAUUCAGCAACACAUUUCCAGCCCAGAUAACUAUUCAACACAUAUGCUAGGCAGGUUACAGGACUCCAAAAGUCCCUAUGGCAGAGGAUGUUCCAGCCCAGAUUCAACACAUAUGCUAGGCAGGUUACAGGAAUCCAAAAGUCCCUAUGGCAGAGGAUGUUCCAGCCCAGAUUCAACACAUAUGCUAGGCAGGUUACAGGAAUCCAAAAGUCCCAAUGGCAGAGGAUGUUGCAGCCUGAGAAACACUCUGAGCUGUGUAAACAAUGUAUCUCAUAGGCAGCUCUUUUCCUCUCCACAGAAAACUGUUCAAUUUACAACAGACACACAUCACCCAGGAAACUUGACAGCUCCUAAAUCUCAGAACUAUCCCAACACAAGACCUCUGCAGUCAGAGUACUAUGUCUUACAACAGCAGUAUUGCCAAGUUUCACGAGCUGCCCACACUAAUGAGAAACUAGUGUGCUACGUUGAGGCAACAGAUGAUACCACAGAUGAUGACUGGGAGGAAGGAGAGGAAUCUCUAGUCUAGCACAGCUCUUACCAGCUACCAUUGUUGUAUCAAGUCUAUGUUAUUACCACAGGGUAUCAGUGGUUAGUUGAUUAGUUAAUCUGUUGUGUCUGCUAAAGUAGUUUUGUUUUAAACAGCAUGGUAGAUCUGCUUUGAUACACACCUCCACCUGAUUACACAAUCUUUUUAUUUGUUCAUGAAUAUUGGAUUAGAGUAUUUGAGUUUCUUGUUUUCUUGCUGACAAAGAUGUGCAUAUUUGAAUACCAAAAGGUAUUUGUCUAACUAGAAACCUGGCAAUAAUAUUAUAUUGUAUUUUAAAAAAUGGAAUCCAUACAUAGAUCAUAUGUAUUAGUAUAGGGCUAAAGAUUGUUUAUUUAUUUUGUGAAAAAUGUCAACAAAAUUAUGUUUGUAAAUAAAUGUGUUAAUUUAAGAUUUUGUGUGAACAUUUUGUUCAUUUCAAUGUAUCGUUGUUGUAUUUUAGUGCAGUAUUACAUAGACCUCAUGUACACGGUGAUUCAUACAUUUAGUUGUGUUUUGACUGCAUUAUUUUUUUGGUUAUUUUUUACUUAUGUUAUUGACUAUGUUUCACUGGGCAGCUAGUGAGUCCCACUAUUACAAAACUCUUGGUUCCAAGACAUAAUGUAUGGCUGCCAUAAUGUAUGUACUCCAGCUGAAAUGUUGGACUUUAUGUUGACCUUCCUUACAAUGUUACUUGAAUUUAUCUAGAAAAUGUUUUUGUUAUGUUCUUUGCAAUAUUUCAAGAUCUUGUUUCUUUUUUUUUUUUUUUUUUUAUGGGGUUUCUGGUUACAGAAGUAUAAUUAAAAAGUUUUGAAAUUUUACAUUUUCAUGACAAUAAGUUAAUGAGGAUGAAGUAAUUUUCUUGUUAAAGGGAACAUUAGUAAAAACAUUUUUGCAGAACUAAGCUUAAUUGUUGUUUAUAUAAAUAUUGUAACUGUCUUGCAACAAGUUUAAUGAAACAAAAAAAAAUGCUGUAUGGAUCACAUAAUAAUGAUAAGUACUGCAAUUACAUAAAGAGAUUUUAAAAGAAUGUGUUUUUUUUUGAUAACAUUGUCCCAUCUGUUGUAUUUCUCUAGUUAGCAUAGACUGUAGGAUGGUGUCUCUCAAACUUUUUCACUUAAUUGACAUUUUGAAGCUUUGGUCAUUAGUACAUAAGUACUCAACUAUGGAAAUACAAGAGUUUCUGUCCUUGACAAAAAUAAAACAAUCUUUGCACCCCAUUUUACAGCAUAUCAAGCCCUCUAGGGGUACACACUCCACAGUUUCAGAAAUGCUGAUGUAGGACUACAUUUUAUGUAUAUAUCUAUUCUUAUAGUUUGUCAAAGUAUUUUUGAGUUUUUUCUUUGGCUGUGACUUCCAUUCAUUUGCAUUUGAGUUGUUUCUAUUUGUUUAUAGUUCUGAGAUUGAAUGUAUGCGUUCAUUGUUGUAGUCUAGGCAAGUGUUCUCUGGGCUAUUGUUAAGCUGUAUAAUACUUCUAUGAAACAUGUCCUCACCAAAGGCUGUUUCUUGUAUGUAGCAAUAUGACACCAUUUUAUGUUCAAAUUAUCUAUUACUAUGUGACUUUAUAUUUUUAUGACCCUCUAUGUUCUGGCUACAUAUCUUAUAUUUCUAAUGAUCUUAUUUACUGAACUUCUUUAUUUUUACAUUGUAUUUUUGCUUCAAUGACCUGCAAAGCUGAUGUCAUUUUGCCCUCACUCAUAUCUGUUAGUACAGAGAUUCAGACAAAAAGAAUUUGUACUUGUUUUAUUGAUGCAGUCAUUUCUAUUGAAUCUGAAAUCAACCAAUUAAUCAUCGUACAUUUCUCAGCAUUCAUUUCUCAGGCCUAUUGUAAUGUAAUACUGUCUAACUUUUGAACUAAUAUUUAAAUGUAAACUCAAUACAUGACUUUUCAAACAUUUUGUAGAUGAUAAGCUAUUGUACAUUUAUUGCAGUAUGGUUUGUGAAAAAAAAACCUAUGCCACACUUUUUUCAAGGAAAACUAAUUUGAAUAAAGCCUCAUUUGGUCUUAAGUAUCUAACUUCUCCUAUGAUCUGUGCUAGAUGAUAGCCUACUAUUGCUAUGUUUGGGCAAUUAUUUAUAUCUUGGCUUGAAUGUUUGCAAAUGUUUUGAAAAAGCAAUGAUACACAUAUUCUUAGUUGAGACAUUUUUUUUGUUUGUUAGUAUUGAGAAUUGAAAAGAAAAAAAAGUUCCCCUUUCAGACCUUGUGUGAGCUAUUGUGCUAAUGAUGUUAAGGUCAUCUUAUUCUGUGGCCAAUGGUUAAUGAGCAGGGUGUCAUGUGGCAAGCACAAUGACCAACCGCCUUUACUUUCCCCAGCUAAAGUCAGGUACCUAUUAGGGUUGUGUGGACUCAGGGGUGCCGUGAAAAUCCAGAAAUUCAAAAUCCAAGUCAUCACAGAGAUUCGAAUCAGAACCCCAAAAUCAGAAGCCAUUCACAUAAAUAGAUUAGACACUAACGUAAAGAGUUCAUUGAGUGACUACACACAGACGUCUCACAAAAGCUAUACUAGAUUUGACAUUAAGUUUUACCAAUAAAUAGACUUCUUUUUUUUUAUAUUUACAAUACCGGUAUUUAUAUUAAGUUAUUCUGUAUGUUUCUUGUAUAUUUGGAACUGAACUGGUCCUUGUAAUGAUUGGUUAAUAGAGGUAGUGCAUUUAUGACAUCUAUUAGUAUAUAGCUCCUCACACAUUUCUCAUUUCCAAUGAAUUUGAAGAUGACUGUAUAGUCCAAUCCUCACUUUAAAAAGCUGGCCAAACACAUGGCAUGGGUAAGUUGUGUCUGCUGCAGAUAGGCCUGCUUUUUGUUGGCUCUGCCUUCUUUCAUGCUUUCAUCUAUUAGUUAUGCAUUAUUCUUAGCAUAGUUUAACACUGCUCUAAUAGAAAUGUAACACUAUAUACUAAUUAAUAUUUUUGCUGUCAUCUGAUGGCUAAGCUUAACUAAAGAAAAAAUUAUUUUUCUUUUUUUUUUUAAUGAAAGAAAAUCUCCAUUUCCAAACUUACUUUUUCAAAAGUUUAUUAGUUGCUAUUUAAUCCUAAUUUGAAACAUUUGAUGUGACGGUGCUUGAAGAUAAUGAGUCUUCUAGUUUACAGAAAGUAUGGUUUAUUCUUUAUUUCCGAAUGGUUAAUAAUGAAUAUCUAGUCACAUUGAAAUUAUAUUUUAAUCACAAUAUCUUGGUCUUUGUAAAACUUUUGUUUUAUCAUUUGACGAAAUGUUACGUGAUUUCUUUCAGAACCUCAAGACUUUUUCAUAAAUGUAUUUAGGGUAGCUUUAAAGUUGGGCUGGACCUUUUACUGAGGGGGUUCGGUGGCUGAGUGGUUAAGCGCUUGGCUUCCAAACCUAGGGUCAUGGAUUUUAAUUUCAGUGAAGACUGGAAUUUUUAAUUUCAAGAUUUUGAGGUGAACCUAAGUCCACCCAACUCUAGUGGGUGACUGAUUUCAUUUGGGGAAAGUAAGGGCAGUCGGACAUCGUGCUGGCCACAUAACAACAAUUAGUUCAGAUUUGUUUCCUAUCAACAUCUGAAAGACUAGUAUAAUACAAUCAUUUUGAUAGUUUGAGAAAUAAGUGCUUCUACCAAUAGUAAUGUGGUCUUUAUUUUACCCAAAGUGUUUGUUGAUCUUUCCCUUUGUUCAUUGAUCUUCAUUGCUUCUUAACAAGUUCAAAGCUUUUUAUUUCAGCCUUUUUUGAUCAUUUGGGGAUUGCUUUGUAGUAUUAACUGAUUUGAGACAUGUUAUUGUAAGCUUAUAUGGUGUUUUUUAAAGACAAAACUAAAGGUACAUAACUUUGAUUUAAUAGUUCUGUUAAACAAGAGAUCUUUUUUUCUCCAUUUGUAAACUUUGCUAUUAAAUGUCUACACAAAUGGCUACUUCUUAUGAACAAACAUAGGCGGAAAUCAGUUUUGUCUUUUUUUUUCUUUAAAAGUACACUAAUGAUAAAAUAUCAAUUAAAAAAAAAAAAUGUGUAUGUACCACUUGGCCUGUAAAACAAAUAUGGCUUUAUUGUCUAGACAUUUAACUAGUUGGGUUUUUUUUUUUUAGAAAGAAAGAAAACUAUUUGGAAUGUUUAAAGUACCAGGAAAUGAUUAUAUUUGUUUGCUAGAGCUGACUCCUUUAAGUGUUCUGUUGCUAGUAUUUAAUCUCUAUUGCAAAGGAGAUAGGGAGAUAUUGAACAAGAGUCCACCAUAACAAUGAAUUGAUCUAUGCAUAUCUUUUGUACAAAAGACUUUUGAUUUUUCUACCUAAGUGUUGUCUUUUUAUUCUGACACUCUGUUACUGCAAUACAUUACAAGGUUUUCAGAGCUCUUAACGUUAUAAUAAUUGUCCUGUCACCUGGGUCUGGAGUAUCCAGUUUAAAAGAAAUCAUAAAUCUGAUUUGAUGUACUCUUCAUUCAGUCUGUGGGUUGAUGUACUCACCAGUAGAUAAAACUAGCUGCACAAAGUGAGUGGAUCACAUUCAGAAAACUCUAUCAGUAGAAUGUGUGCUAGUUGUAUGUCAUGGCUGUUUCUAGGAUUAUGUGUACAGAAACUUGUGUUGUCACUUAGAGCAGACAAUGCUAGAGGACAUAAUAAAAGUCUAGUUUGUAUUGUACAUGGUA